GGCUACAGAAGGAGUUCCACAAUUAGCAAAAGAGCGCGAAGUACCUACUCCACGUUCGAUAUCAGCGACGCCUUAGCCUUGGCGAUGGUAAGCACGAUGGACAUGAUGACCACCGGGGCCAGAAACAAAGCAAAAAAGUCACCAAAUCGGUAUUAUUACGUUGUGAGGAUUGUGGCUGAGGGAUGUACGCAAACUAGCCGAGCAAUUUGUGUCCCCCAAUACUGAUUUAAAUUCCAGUCUUCAGUCGGCUACAAUAUAGUCUCGACGUUUCUUGUCGAAUAAUAGAAUGUUACCUCGCUAUAUUUCAUUUCUAUGUCUUCUUUUUCCAAAUUUCGUAUAUACCGGCACUGUACAGCUAGGCAAUCAUGAUAUCGGUAAUUUCGAGUAGAAAUAAUUCGUUGCGAUGCCCAGUCCUGAAUACUGCAUACAUCAACCCUCAAAUCCGCUUGAAAUAAAUCCAGUCCCGGAUAUUACUGGCUAUGGCGUCCUCGCUGGGUUUAUAUCGAUGGCAUAUAUAUUGCUUUGCAUCAUUCUGGUCUAUUAUAUUUUCGGUUACGAUCCCACCUUAAAUCCGUUCGGCGAUGCGGAACACGGCACACUGGUUGAAGUUCGACCAAAUCCAUUCGAUCAGCUCGUGCUGAAAAUCACAAGGCGGAUACUUUGCAUCGAUGCUUUACAAUGGCAAUCUCUAUAUAGAGAUGGGCGUUUAGCGGCCGCUUUUGACAAGUGCGCCGUAAACAUGGCCGACAUCCAAAUUGUUAAUGGUCUGGCCAUCUUGAUUACGGGCUUAGCACUCCUCCCCCAGAAAAUUUCGGCUCUGCAUUGGAAAAUGAUCGUGUACCUAUCAUGGUUUUCCUGUAUAACAAACUUAUCGGCAUUAACAUUCCUUCGAAGUUAUUUAAUACGACACCCUUUCGAAAGGGCAUGGAGACUUAUAUCAACGUUCGUUUUACUGGUAAUCUUGAUAGUUGCGCUCGUACCCACCGGUCAUUUCUUCUGGGAUCCAGAUGACUUUGACCACAGCGAACCACAGAUACAAGACGCAGCACCGUCAUCUUACGCCAUAUGUUAUUUCAACACGGAUUUCAAAGGGACGCUUUUCGCAGGAAAGAACUCUAUGAUCUUGUCGAUACUUCUUCUAGUGUUGAACUACACAGCAAAAGUAUUCAGGCUUUAUGGUGGCUUUCGAUGCGAUUGCUUAAGGUCUCGCUCUCUAUCCGAUAUAUUAAUAGACAAAUGCCUCAAAAGUGCAGCAUAUCUCUCGAAGCCUAUUGGAAAUGAGACAUUCUUAGAUAGGGCGGCUUCUAAUGUGAUCGUCGCUGCUCAUUUUGUGGUAUGUAUUUGGAUUGAUGUGUCAACGUCUACUGUUGCAGAUAUAUUCUGGCUCGUCGUUUCACUAGCUUGGGGGACUAUUAGGACCGAUGAGUUGAGAUAUGUUCUAGACAAAUCCUCUGCUCCUGAUGAUACUACAUGGUCAUUUGGGCAGAUACUACCCGUGCUCUUAAUAGCUGGGCCCCUUUUAAUUCUAAUUCGUUCUGGACGAGAAGCAUUUGCUCCUGCUCAACACGAGGACAGCAGAGAGAGCAUAAUUGAGCCCAGAGAUUAUGGUUCGAAUGUGCCUGAAGCUGGCAUCAUCCAGGAACAAAAUCAAGGGGUUCAACCUCAGGCUUCCGGCUUAUUCACUCAGCCCGACGUUCCAAAUUCAAACAAGUCGAAUUAUUGGAUUUUAGAUCCAGCUCAUUUCACAGAAUACUACGAUAGGACGCCCUGGUUAAAAUGGGCACCUGCUAUUUAUGUUUUGUAUACUGCAUACACUGCUGCGAACGUUCUAUUCUGGCAAGUUGACCCCAUCACGAUGAUCACCAACUUCAUCGUCUGGUUUACCCUUGUGCAGGGUUCAGUUCUUCACUACUACAUACUUAUAUGUUCUUGUGUUUGCACAAGAUGGAGACAUCCUGCAGUGCACAUCGCCAUGUGCGGUCUGCUGAUGGGUAUGGCGGUUCUUUCAUAUCUUGAUAUUGGCACAUGGUUCCUUUUGGACCUAGAUGUUGAGGGGGGGUUCAUUCUUGAAGUUACAACUAUUGGUACUGUUAGUGCGGCGUGGUUUUUGUCCUUAUCUAUUCUGGUUGCAUGGUGGAUCUCAUGGGCGAUACGAAGAAGAGCUAGACUUGAUGCGGGCCCUGUCGAUGGUGUUACGAUGCCUUAAUCAUCUUUGCAAACUCCCCCUACUGCUCCACUGUAGUUCCUAGCGAUAUGAGGCCCAUACGUGCCCCUUACGACAGAGUCGCUUCGUUACACACCUGCGCUGGUUAUUACGUGUUAUUCACGCAGAUUCAGAGUAACAAGAGCAUCCCCGAUUCUUGUGUACCACCACAUCCACAUCCACUCCACUGACGCGGAAACGCUCGUAAAAAAUGCGGCCUCGGACCGAAUAAUGGAAUGG